CUGUAAUAGCCCACCAAGAACGUCGCCUACUACCUACUUUCGCCCUGCAAGUCGUGCAAGAUGAACGCCAUCCGCCAGCCCGUCGCUUUCAAGGCCGGAGCUUCGCCAGCAAUCCGCCGCUCAGUUAUUGCUCGAGUCGGCAGGACUGUUUCUGGAAAGGACAAUGGUGCCCCAGAGCCGCGACCUGCCGAGCCCCCGAGCGUCGAAUACCUGAAGACCCUGCCUGGCAUCACCGCCCCUUUUGAGGAUAUCUUCGACCCAGCCGGAUUUGCGCGCACAGCGAGUGUCCGCGACAUUCGCCGCUGGCGUGAGUCGGAGAUUGUCCAUGGCCGCGUAUCCAUGCUCGCCGCGCUGGGCUUCAUUGUGGGCGAGCAGCUGCAAGACUACCCGCUCUUCUUCAACUGGGACGGCAGGGUGUCAGGCCCCGCCAUCACGCACUUCUCCCAGAUCGGCCAGGGCUUCUGGGAGCCGCUGCUGAUCGCAAUCGGCAUCGCGGAGUCCUACCGCGUGGCCAUCGGCUGGGCCACCCCCACCAACACCGGCUUCAACAGCCUCAAAGACGACUACGAGCCCGGCGACCUGGG